AUGUCACAAGACCUCUUCAAAUGCACCGAUCUUUCUUUCACUAUGAAGCCGCCUCAAUCGCAACCGCUGUUUCACCUCUUCCUCCUCCUCCUCCUAAUAGCCACCGUCUCUUCAUCUUCUCCACUAGACCCAAAACAGUUCAAAGCUCUCAAAAUCCUCACAACAACCAAAGAUCCCUGCAGCAACCACUCCUCAACCACCAUAACUUGCGACGACGCUUCUCCUUUCCGCCGCGUAACCUCUCUCUCCUUCGCAAACUGCUCCUCCUCACUCUCCCUCCCCUCAAAAACCCUAAAACCUCUCUCCACCUCACUCCUCUCCCUCUCCUUCCUCAACUGCCCUUCUCUCUCUCCUCCAAAACACCUCCCAAUCUCCCUCCGCUCCUUCUCCGCCGUCUCCUCCUUCCACCGUCACCACGGCCUCUCCGGCGUCUACCUCGCCCGCCUCGUCAACCUCACUCGCCUCAGCAUCUUCUCAGUCCCAGUCUCAGCCUCUGGUCUCUACGUCGUCCUCGGAAACAUGCGCAACAUCACAUCCCUCACGAUCUCAUCCGCCAACCUCCCCGGAAAAAUCCCGAAAGCGUUUCACUCCAACCUCACUUACAUGGACCUAUCGAACAACAUACUCACAGGCCCACUAAGGCCUUCGAUCACUCUCCUCACAGGCCUCAAGUCGUUAAACUUAUCUCGUAACUCCCUCUCCGGCGAGAUACCUAACAAGAUCGGAGACUUGACAUUGCUUAAAAACUUGUCAUUGGCUUCGAACAGAUUCUCAGGCCCAGUCCCAAGUUCGGUCCCGUCGCUUUCUCAGCUGACGCAUUUGGAUCUAAGCGGGAACCGGCUAAACGGUGUCGUUCCGAGCUUCUUCUCCGGGAUGAAGAGUCUCAGACACUUGAACCUGGCUGACAACUCCUUCCAUGGAGUCUUACCAUUUAACGAAACCUUCAUUAAAAAUCUCGAGUUUUUCCAAGUUAGAGGGAACAGUGGUCUGUGCUAUAACAACACUCUUCUGUCUUGGAAACUGAAUCUUGGUAUUGCUCCGUGUGAUAAAUACGGUUUGCCGUUAUCAUCUCCGCCGCAGAAGCAGAAGCAGAAGGAGGAGGAGGAUGAUUACGACGACAACGAUGGAGAUGGAGAUGGAGAUAAGAAAGAAGAGAAACAUGGGUCUACUAACAAGGUUGUGCUUGGUGUCGCCAUUGCUCUUUCUUCGCUUGUCUUCUUCAUCGUCUUCCUCAUCCUUCUCACUAAAUGGAGUCUUCUUUCGAAAUAGCCAGUCAAAACCGGUACAUCUCCGGUUUUGGAUUCUUAUUUUGUAAUCUUUUUCUUUCUUUUUUCUUAUUUGUUGCUUUUGUAAUUGUUUUACAAUUCAGUUUGUGAAUGGGGAAGUUAUGAUUAUGUUUCUCUCAUUCCCACCAAAUUUUGAAUUGUGAUUUUAUGAUUUUAUGAGAUCUCAAGUGUAUAUUUUCGGUUG